UGGUGACAGGUAACAGUACAUGCCUUUCUGUUGUCUGUAGGUUAUUUCCAAUUACUUUCCAAAGUUAUAAUUUUGUUGUUGCUGAGCAUUAAUUAAAAUGAAUAUGAAAAUAGCAAACAAUGAAAAUGUGGAUCUGAAGGAGUUAGCUCUGAUGAAGAUCAAUUUCGGAGAUAAAUUAUUGGAACUUAUUGAAGAUUUCAAAGCCAUUGAGGGUUCCCAAAAAUUAUAUAGAAAAAUUGGCCAAGAAUUAAAAUUUUUAAAAAAGGCCUAUAAAAACAAUUCAAUCAAGAAAGAACACUUGCAGUGCUCAAAUCUGACACAUUUCUCAGCACUAAUAGAUACUUUAAAAGAUGUAAAAACCUGUCAGAGCAUAAAUAAAAUUUUCACUUUGGAAGACCAUAAAAUACAUGUGGAUAUAAUAAGUGAUAAUGGACUCACCUGGAUUAAGGUCAUUGCUAGGAACCCCAAGUCAUUGAGCCAGAUUUGUUUGGGAAAUGGUAGUUAUGGGGUUAAAAGUAUUAUUGACCAAGCUGAAGAGUAUGUUAAGUGUGCAAAGCUCUAUCCCUGUUUAUUUCAAACUCCGAAGAUAGUUUUUGUGUUUUCAAAUGGAAUAGGCAGUCAUAUUGCUGCCAAGCUUGAAUCGUAUGGAAUUACUGUUAAAGGAGAUAGGUUGAGUGAUUCUCCUCUCAAUUUUGAUGGCAGUUCAGAGUCAGAUGAAUCUGAUCAAGAUGAUUAUAUGUUACAAAGUCCAACUAAUACUGCAGAUUUAUCUACAGAGAAUAUUAGUAACAUUAGUAAAGUCAAUCUAGACGUUUCAGCCAUGUUAGCCUACUGUAGUUCAGUAACAAAUGGAAGUGCUGAGUUACUUGAUUUUGAUGUUCCUGUUUUAAAGCAGCAAGCUGAAUGGGAAAGGCUUAGACCACAAAAACCAAUAUUAGAUGCAGUGUUUGAAGGAAAAACGUUAUAUUGCUGUGAGACAGCAAGGGACAAUUUUUUGAAUAUUGUUGAUACUGUUGGGGGACCCAGUGAAAAAGUUAGAGCCCAUCAACUUCUUAAUAGACUCAUAGUUCUACCAGAUGAUGCAGAUUUCAGGCAGACAGAAAAUGACCACAAAUCCCACAAAAUAUUCGAAAAAGUACAAUACAGCGAUGAAAAAAAAUUGAAACCUGGGGGAAAGAUAAAAGAGAGGUCCCUAAUUAUUUUUACAUUUGGUGAUCAAAUUCAGGCAGUCACUGUUACUGCUAACGAUGGAUUCGUUAGAGCUGCUAAACAACAGAUUUUGAAUUAACUUAAAUUCAGAAAAACAAGUCCAGGAUUCCUGCCAACAUGAAAUACAAAGAAAAAAAUUUGACAAUUCCCAAUACAAUGUGAGUGGUAUAUGACCUAUCUAAUCCUGAUAACUUUCGGAUAGGUGGUCUCAAUACUUGCUCUACUAAUGAUCAUAUCUCUCUGAAAGUGAAUACUGAUUGUGACAAUAUUAAGAUAUCAAAGAAACUCAAAAAUUUAAUUACUUCUGGGGUUGACAAUAUACUCAGAUUCCAUAUAAAGGACUGCCAACCACUGAAAGAGUGAAACGAUUCCUUGGCUUCAACUAUGAUUUUCAAUAUAAUUAACGGAAGAAUAGACUGCCCGUAUUCAAUAUCGCGGUAAGAAAUUACGUUAUAAAAUUACUCCUUAAACCAAUUUUCUAGUCAGCUCAGUAUGUAAGCUUUUCAACUUAAUA